AUUGAAAAAGGAAAUUGAAGGAAAACAAAAUGGUGUGUUCGGCCUUUCGGUUUAUACUUCCGCUCUGGCCCAGCCCAAUGAUAACCCCUUACCUGAUCACCAUCACUGUAUAUGUCCUCUGAAACUCGCAGUUUCCACUUCCCAGAAGUUCGAGAAACCAAACCAUGUCGACGUCUUCUACUAUCUCCUCCUCAUUUCGAUUAUUCACAACCAAACUCCCCAACUCAUCUUUCACCCCUAAAACCCUCUCCUUCUCCCCAAAACACCCAAACUUCUCUUCCUUCCGUCGACCCAUCACUUUCCAAAGAAUCCCCACCAUAUCCUCCUCCUCACAACCACCCUUGACUCCUCUCCAACCCAUCGAAGACCUCCCUCCGAAGCUUCUAGAAAUAGUCAAGCUCUUCCAGUCCGUUCCUCUCCCACGUGCCAGGUACGAGGAGCUCCUCUUCUACGGCAAGAACCUCGUACCCCUCGAAGACAAGUACAAGACCAAAGACAACAAGGUUGAAGGUUGUGUCUCCCAGGUUUGGGUCCGAGCCUACCUCGACUCCGACAAGAACGUGUUUUUCGAGGCCGAUUCCGACGCCCAAAUCGCCAAAGGUCUCGCCGCUCUGCUUGUUAAAGGGCUUUCGGGUCAACCCGUGGAAGAGGUUUUGAGGGUCCGACCCGAUUUCGCGGUCCACCUUGGGCUUCAGCAGAGCUUGUCCCCUGGUAGGAAUAAUGGGUUUUUGAAUAUGUUGAAGUUGAUGCAGAAAAAGGCCAAGGAUUUGCUUAAUGAAUCGAGUUCUGUGGAUUUGGGAUCAAAGUCUGAAGUGGGUAGUGGAAAGGUUUCGAAUUCGGGUUCGAAAGUCAAUGGUGGAUUGAGCUUUGAUGAAAAUGCUGAGCAAUUGAGUGAAAAGAAUUCGACUUUGGGUUCAAAAAUCAAUGGUGGAUUGAGCUUUGAUGAAAAUGCUGAGCAAUUGAGCAAAAAGAAUUCGAAUUUGGGUUCGAAUAUUGAUGAUGGGAAUGUUGAACAAAGCUCGGAAGGAAAUGUGGAGGAAAUGGAGGUGGUGGGGAGUGUUUCGAAUGAAGAGGAGUUGAAUUCAGGUGGUUUGGGGGGUCGAGGGAAGAGAAUUAGGGAGGCAUUGGAGAGAGAGCUUAGUCCUGUGGAAUUGGAAGUAGAGGAUAUAUCUUACCAGCAUGCCGGGCACGCCGCAGUUAGAGGAAGUGGUGACGGGGAGACGCAUUUCAAUGUGAGAGUUGUGUCUGAGGCGUUUGAAGGGAAGAGUUUGAUCAAGAGGCAUAGGCUGAUUUACAACUUGUUGCAAGAGGAGUUGCAGAGUGGACUACAUGCAUUGUCUAUCGAGGCGAAGACGCCAGCUGAAGUGAGUAAAGGGUGAAGCUGCUCUGGCUCCAGGAAAGAGGUUCGGUUUUAGUAUUUUUGGAUUUAGCUCUUACAUAUUGUUAGAGUGAUCGUUUAGUGUGGUUAAUGCUCGGAAUUUUCAGACGUAAUGUACACAUAGUGGUCUAAAAGUUUAGAUUGUGAACUCACUUUGUCUUGAAACUUUACAAUAAUAUUGGUGGAUCCAUCUGCUGUCUAGUUAUGU